UUGUAGAAGUUCGUCGGCGCCUUAAUGUAAUUUAUUAUAAAUUUCAAUUAAAAUGUUUGUGUUAGCGGAAAUGAAAGAUGUGAUACGGGUUACGCCCGAACACUUUCAUCAGAAUUUAUCAGAAUCUAUAACUACUUUACUUAAUAGGAAAUUAGCAAAUAAGGUUGUUUUAAAUGUAGGAUUAUGUAUAGCGCUGUUUGACAUCACACAUAUUGGUCAUUCAUACAUAUUUCCUGGAGAUGGAUCUUCGCACACUGAAGUCAAGUUUAGGUAUAUAGUAUUCAGGCCAAUGAUCGAAGAAAUACUGAUAGGAAAAAUUAGAAGCUGUGGUAGAGAAGGCGUACAUGUUACAUUAGGAUUUUUUGAUGAUGUGUUGAUACCAGUAAAUGCUCUGCAGCACCCAUCGAGAUUUGAUGAGACUGAGCAAGCGUGGGUGUGGGAGUACCCCAAGGAAGAUGGAGAAAAACAUGACCUUUUUAUGGAUGCAGGUGAAACCAUCAGAUUUAGAGUAACCAGUGAAGCAUUCGAAGAGAGCUUACCAACGGGCCCACCAGGGUCAGACUGCCCUGUCCAGACUGUGGCCCCUUACAGAAUAGUCGGUGGAAUCAACGAGCCAGGACUCGGUCUGCUGACAUGGUGGGAAGCACCUGAAGCUGACGAUGAUGGUGAUGAAAAUGAUGAAGAAAAUCAGGAAUAAACCAUUAUACUAA